CUAGGCGAGCACCGGGGAUUCCGCCUGCGCCGGUCAGUUAGGAGGCCUGGGGGGUGUAGCUAGGCUAACGGGCUAGUCCGUCAGGAAAGUGCGCCUGCUGCUACAGAAGCGCAUCCGUAACGGGGAGAGUGCCAGCCCAUGGCUUGUUUGAUUUAAUGCCCGGUCGUUGGGGAUAUGGUGUGUUGGCCGCAUAGCGGCAGCUUAACGGGUCUAGCCGUGGGCCACUGGCUAGGCGACGGUGACGCUGCGGCGGCGGCGUAAACUCGUUAGCAGCGCUGGGAGCGUGUAGCGGCUAGUUAGCCGCUAACAUGCACUGUCAUUAUCCCACACUCGGCCUGCCUGUCAGUGUCACAUUCCCACAUAGAUGUUUACUACGACGCCCCCCCUGCACACGCACACGCCCUCCGACCUGCACCUUUGGUCCCUGGCUCGCGGCUGCGGGGCUCUCCGUGCCGGUUAGCCUACUGGCUAACAGCCGCCUAUCUUUUCGCUCUCGGGUUGUGCUGUUUGUUUAUCAGAUGCAUAAAUGGCUGCUGUCCCGCAGGUUUAAGCUGUCAGACCGGCUUGGUGUGGCCUGUUCUUCAGGCAGAGCUACGUCUUCUGCUCAGUGUUGCCAGUUCCUUUGGCGCGUCUAGUAAAUAAAUGUAGUAAUAAGUGUAAAUAUACUGCAUGUUUGAGCGGAAUGCGAUUGAAACUAACGGGCUUCUGUUGGUAAAGAUCAGUAGAGGAGUCUGACAUAGAAAACCCUGAAGCAAGCCGAAUGAAGCGGGCAGCUGCGAAGCAUCUAAUCGAGCGUUACUACCACCAGUUAACCGAGGGCUGCGGAAAUGAAGCCUGCACGAAUGAGUUUUGCGCUUCCUGGCCGCGUUUCCAGCGUAUGGAUAACAACACAGCGGCCGUCAAGGCCCUCGAGCUUUAUAAGAUUAAUGCCAAACUCUGUGAUCCCCACCCCUCCAAGAAAGGGACGAGUUCUGCUUACCUAGAGAACAGUGCCAAGGGAAUCCACCACAACUCAGCCUGCAGCGACAGGACAAUGAGCCGCAAGGAGACUCCUGCUGCCCGGGAUGAUUUUAAAGAUUUGAAUUUCUUGACAGAGGAGAAGGUGUAUGAGAUCCUGGAGAUCUGUGGGGAGACGGAGGACUACUCCCCCUUGAUUCGGGCGAUCGGCCGGGUCUUCUCCAGUGCUGAGGGCCUAGUGCAGAGCUUCCGCAAGACAAAGCCGCACACCAAGGAGGAGCUCAAGUCGCUCCAGGCCAAGGACGAGGACAAGGAUGAGGAUGAGAAGGAGAAGGCUGCCUGCUCUGCUGCUGCUAUGGAGGAAGAUGGUGAAGCCUCUUCCUCUCGCCUCGGGGAAGGUGCUUCGCAGGGGGACAACAAUGUUCAAAAGCUGGGGGUAGAUGAGGUGUCUGUGGACAUUGAUGCUGUGAGGCGGGUUUAUAACAAACUCCUGGCCAAUGAGAAGAUUGAGGCUGCCUUCCUUAAUGCACUGGUGUACCUAUCACCCAACGUGGAAUGUGACCUGACGUACCACAAUGUGUACUCCAGGGAUCCCAACUAUCUUAACCUGUUUGUCAUCGUGAUGGAGAACAGCAACCUCCACAGCCCCGAGUAUCUGGAGAUCGCCCUGCCGCUCUUCUGCAAGGCCAUGAGCAAGCUGCCACUGGCAGCGUUGGCCAAACUGGCGCGCCUCUGGUCCCAGUACAGUGCCGAGCAGAUCCGACGGAUGAUGGAGACUUUCCAGCAGCUCAUCACCUACAAGGUCAUCAGCAACGAGUUCAACAGCCGCAAUCUGGUUAAUGACGACGACGCCGUCGUGGCUGCCACCAAAUGCUUGAAGAUCGUCUACUACGCCAACCUGCUCGGUGGUGAGCUGGACACGGACCACAACGAAGAGGAGGAUGACGAGCCGAUACCGGAGUCCAGCGAGCUGACCCUGCAGGAGCUGCUCGGCGAGGAACGCCGGAACAAGAAGGGCCCUCGUGUGGACCCACUGGAAACGGAGCUGGGCAUUAAGACUAUCGAUUGCCGCCGGCCCCUCAUCCCCUUCGAGGAAUUCAUCAACGAGCCCCUGAACGACGUGCUGGAGAUGGACAAGGACUACACCUUCUUCAAGGUGGAGACGGAGAAUAAGUUCUCCUUCAUGACCUGCCCAUUUGUCCUCAAUGCUGUCACCAAGAACUUGGGACUGUACUAUGACAACAGGAUCCGAAUGUAUAGCGAGCGACGUAUCACGGUUCUGUACAGUCUGGUUCAGGGGCAGCAGCUGAAUCCCUACCUGCGACUGAAGGUGCGCAGAGACCACAUCAUCGAUGACGCCCUGGUCAGACUGGAGAUGAUCGCCAUGGAGAACCCUGCCGACCUUAAGAAGCAGCUCUAUGUCGAGUUUGAGGGAGAGCAAGGCGUCGAUGAAGGAGGGGUGUCGAAAGAGUUCUUCCAGCUGGUGGUGGAGGAGAUCUUCAACCCGGACAUUGGAAUGUUCACAUAUGACGAAACCACAAAGCUGUUUUGGUUCAAUCCGUCCUCCUUUGAGAAUGAGGGUCAGUUCACCCUCAUCGGGAUCGUCCUGGGCCUGGCCAUUUACAACAACUGCAUUCUCGACAUCCACUUCCCUAUGGUGGUCUACAGGAAGUUACUGGGCAAGAAAGGAACCUUCCGAGACCUGGCAGAUUCUCACCCGGUUCUCUACCAGAGUCUGAAGGAGCUCUUGGAGUAUGAGGGCAGCGUAGAGGAAGACAUGAUGAUCACCUUCCAGAUAUCCCAGACUGACCUUUUUGGAAACCCCCUCAUGUACAACCUGCGGGAGAAUGGAGACAAAAUACCAGUUACCAACGAGAACAGAAAGGAGUUUGUCGCCCUGUAUGCUGAGUUCAUGCUCAACAAAACAGUAGAAAAGCAGUUCAAGGCAUUCAGAAGAGGUUUUCACAUGGUCACUAACGAGUCGCCUCUAAAAUAUUUAUUUCGACCUGAAGAGAUUGAGCUACUAAUCUGUGGAAGCAGGAACUUAGACUUUCUAGCGCUGGAGGAAACAACGGAAUAUGACGGCGGUUACAACAAGGACUCCCGCAUAAUUAGGGACUUCUGGGAAACAGUGCACUCCUUCGGGGAGGAGCAGAAGCGGCUGUUCUUGCAGUUCACCACGGGCACGGACCGGGCGCCCGUGGGGGGGCUGGGAAAGCUUAAGAUGAUAAUUGCUAAGAACGGCCCUGACACAGACAGGUUGCCCACGUCGCACACCUGCUUCAAUGUUCUGCUGCUCCCUGAGUACAGCAGCCGGGAGAAGCUGAGGGAGAGGCUGCUGAAGGCCAUCAUGUACGCCAAAGGGUUCGGCAUGCUGUGAGCCAGCCGCGGCUGCGAGGAGAGAGAGCUCACCGUGGAGAAGCCAGCGCGGCUGGGUGCCGCUGUCCCUGCCGGAGGAAACGACAAACAAACAAACAUAAAAUAAUAGUGAAAAAUUCCGGAGGCCCGUCCUGUAGAGGGCGCUAGCGUCUGUGGCGACCUCCUGGUCCAGGUCCACAUGCGCUGGUUCCACUGGGGCAGCAGAGAAACCACAUGAUCAAACUCCCUGCCUGUGUUUGCUUUACAUAUCUCCCUGUCUAGUUUGUACAGAAUCGAUUUUUUCCUUAUUUAUUUUAAGGGUUAAAUCAAUUCUUUUUUUUUUUUUUUUUUUUUGUUUUGGUGUAGGAAAGGUUGACGAUUUGCUGUGGGGGAAAAAAAAAGAUCAUGUCAUCGCUGAGAAAUGGUCUCUGUACGAAUGAAUAAUAGAGGAAGACCUUCAGUGUUGUAGUGUCCGGCUCUGUUACUUAGUCCUCACAUUAUCAUGCCCCCUCCUGGUUUGGUGUUGAAACUGACCCUCGUUCCCUAUCUGUAAGACAGCAGAAGGAAGCAUUUUAAUGAUCUGGAAUCUUUGAAGUCUGAGUUCCUAAACGGAGCGCAUAGGGAGGCACCUCGCACAUACAUUACCGUUGUGUCGUCCUUCUUGGUGAUCUAAAGUAGUGUUUGUAAUUGAAAAAAAAAAGUGUUUUCCACAUGAUUUUCAUGAGCAGAGAGAUGAAUAUUACAUGUCACAAAGGAUUUGAGUGUUUAUUCCUUGAGCAAAUGAAAGUGCACUUAAAAAAAAAUCCGAAUGUUAGGGAACUGUGCUGCCUGCCUUUCACCAUGGCCUUUUGUUUUUCCCGCUCUGUCGCCCCGAAGUCUUCCCGGUUCCCACUCUCUACAGCAGUGUCUCCCAAUCCGGAUCCUCGGGGACCCACCGUCGCUCCAUGCUUUUGCUCCCUCCCAGCUCCCUGUCAGACAGGCCACAUUUUUGCUCGGGACUUGGGAGGGAGCAAAAACAUGGACUGUCUGUGGGACCCCGAGGAUGGGAUUUGGAAACACACAUCACACGUAUCUUCCCUGUGUUUCAGAGGGUCUGUAUUUAUUACAUAAUUGCACCAUUUGUACGGCCUUUUUCGGUCAAAUAGUGCUGCUACCUAUGGCCAGUGUCCCUUUAGGUUUAAAUGCUUUUUUCUGCAUUAUUUUUGAUUUUACCAAUUACUUAAUUUUUUUUUGCCUCUUCCCUCCCUGCCCAAAAUGUAUUGAGUUGCUAACUGAUGCUUUUGAAAAAAAUGUUGGAAUGUCAAACCCCUCCCUCCCUUAUCUUUAAGUGCAAGACCUGAGACUGAAGGUUUUUGGGGGGGAGAAAAACAAGCCACUGAAAACGCUGUGGUGACCUUUGACAUUUUCGGCUCUUAGCUGGACCUUGAUACUGCACAGGGUUUCGCAGUCAGAAAAGCUGCUUGAAUCAAACCACUAUUAGAGAUAUUCCGAGAGUGCAUGUUGAUGAUCGAGCCCUGAUCUCACGGUUUGUGUUGCUUUUAAGUUAAUUUUCCUGUGGUUUGUACUACUGCGGAUUCCAUGGAACUUCGACAUUGGAAACUCUGGACCCCAGAAGAAAGGAAGCGUUGAAGAAAAAUGUGAUAUUGUGGCAGAUCUCAUAAGGGACACGGUUCAUUGUUUGUAGGUUUAAUUGAAUUAACAUACCCACCAGCCCUCCCUCCCCCUAAAAUGAAAAGAUUUAAAACUGCAGAAAGUGAACAUGUGGUAUGUAAACAUGAAGCAAAAUAAAAGUGACUGCAUUUUUUUCCC